CGCCAUGGGACAUCCCAGAGCAAACAGGGAAACAGCUCCUACCAGGCUGGGAAGGCGGUGGGAACGGCAGAUGUGGAUCCGCCCCCUGCUUCUGCGUGGAAACCCCCUCCACCCGCACUCACUCACUCUCUCUCUACCUCUAAGCUCAGUUGCUUUCUCUACCCAGCCUCGCGCACGUUAUUCGUUUCUUACCGAAACAUCCGAAAAGAUGCCGCUGCGAGUCGCCAUGAAGGGGCCAGGGCCGUGGGGGUUCCGUCUGGUCGGGGGAAAGGACUUCGAGCAGCCACUUACUAUAUCCAGGGUGACCCCCGGCAGCAAGGCCGCCCAGGUCAAUUUGUGCAUUGGCGACAUGAUCCUGGCAAUCGACGGGGAGCCAACCGAGGGCAUGACCCACUUGGAGGCUCAGAACAAAAUCAAGGGCUGCGUGGAGGAGAUGGUCCUGGCAGUCGACAGGUCGGAAUCUAAAAUGUGGUCUCCACUUGCAUCUGAGGAGGGAAAGAGCAACCCAUACAAGAUGAACCUGGCGUCGGAACCACAGGACGUUCGUCACAUCGGGUCUGCCCACAAUCGCAGUGCUUCACCAUUCUCAGCCCCUGGUUCUAAGGUGGUAACCAGUCAGUACAACAACCCAGCUAAGCUUUACUCCACCGACAACAUCAAGAACUUCAACUCUGCUGUGGACGGGGUGAAGAACGGCAGUGGCAGUGGGGCUGUGGAGCACGACAAACCGCUCGACUCUACCAAGCAAAUGGCUGGAGGGCCAGCGAUCUCCACGGAUUCGGAGGUUUACAAAAUGCUCCAGGAGAAUCAGGAGUCCAAAGAACCACCUCGGCAGUCCGCAUCCUUCAAUGUCCUGCAGGAGAUUCUGGAAACUGGAGACUCUGAUAAACCAGCUGGAUUCAGGAGUGUUAAAGCCCCAACUAGCAAGAUUGGCUCCUCUGUUGGUCAUGCAGAAAAGUUGCCCGUAUGUGACAAGUGUGGAUCAGGAAUUGUGGGCAUGGUGGUGAAGCUGAGAGACAAGCUAAGGCAUCCAGAGUGUUACAUCUGUACCGACUGUGGUGUCAACCUCAAGCAGAAAGGCCACUUCUUUGUGGAGGACAAGAUCUUCUGCGAGAAGCAUGCCCGCGAGCAUGUGACUCCACCCGAGGGCUAUGAUGUCGUUACGGUCUUUCCCAAGUAGAUGCAUCUCGUGGGCUGCUCACGCUCUCUCUCGUUGUGUGUCUAAGGCCUAUCUGAACUUCACACAUUACUUUUCUUUUUCUAUCAAAGACCAGUGGCUGCAUCAUAAGUUCUCUGAGGGAAUCGUUCCUAAACCACCAGCUAGCUUGGUUAUGAGUUACUGAAAUGAGUGAGAAAUGCUGGAUAAUGCUUAAAAAUGAAUUUUUCAUGUUAGUGUAAAAAAAAUAGGCUUUGGCUGUAAGAUUAAUGAACAGGUUCUUCUGACUUUAUGAAUGUAUUGGUAUACUUUUAUAUGGAACUGUUACCAGUUGCAGGGACCAGUUAAUUUCAAAUCUACAUUCCAUGCUUUAAAAUGUCUGUCGCAGCUUUUUUUUUACUGCAAUGUUAUGUAAAAUCUGUCAACAUGAAACACUUUAAUAAAUUAAUUUUAACACAAA